GGGCAAAGAAAUUAAAACAAUUUACAGCAAGAAGGGAGCUAAAGUAUAAUUUAGAGCACAGUUCGUCAAUAUGUUGCAAAACUUUAGUGUCUGUAAAUGAGUAACUAUGUGGACAAACUCCGCCUCCUGUCACAGUCAUAGUAUUUCACUGAAUCAGUAAAUUCAUUUUAACUGGAUUCAACAGGAUACCCAACUCAGCCUUGAAAUGAUUACUCUUCUGAUUGUGAGCACGUUUCUGGCACUGGCUGCUGGAAAACCCUGUGCGUCAGCAUCAGAUCACGAAGCUCUUCUCCAGUCGCUCAAUAAGCAGCUUCUGCGCUCUGUGGACACACAAGACAACCUGCCCAAUCCCAGUGUGCACAUCGCUCUGCGGCUCUCCACACAACAUAACCUGGACAAAGAAAACCAACAUCUCAACCGUCUCAAGAAAGAGUUUCAUGAGGAUAUUGAGAAAUCUCUGAGAAAUGGUGAGUUGGUGGUUGGCCGUCUCGCCCUGUACAUCUUGGCCUUGAGGUCUUCCUGUCACGAUCUUACGAGUUUACACCUCAAUCAUAAUGAGGUGAAUGAGUUCCUCCUAACUCACCUUAAAAAAGAAAUGGAGGAAGAGAAACAGAACAUUGCAUUCAGUCAACGUCCGAAGACCAACUAUUACCAGUAUUCUCUGGGUAUUCUGGCUUUGUGUGUGAGCAGAGUUAGAGUUAGCACACACGUCAGCCACAAGCUCAUCCAUGCUGUGGAACAUGGACAAAUAAAACACGGAGAGUCCUUAUGCAUUGACUCACAUGCGAUGGCAGGCAUGGCCCUCCAGUGUCUAAAAAAUGAGGGAACCUCGGUUAAAGACGAUGCAGAGCUGGACAAAGCUCUUGUCACCAUAAAGCAGAAGCUUCUGGACUCUAAACGAGCUGAUGGUCACAUGGGCAAUGAAUUCAGCACAGGCUUGGCAGUGCAGGCCUUGUUGGCUAUGGGAGUUGAGAUGGAGGAAUGUGGCACUGCUGUCGAGGCUUUAAGGGCAGAUAUUAGGAAAGGAACAUACCAUAACCCAAUGGCAGCAUCUCAAGUCCUGCCUGCCCUACACCAGCAAUCCUAUCUUCAUCUGAAGAGCAAAGAAUGCCGCAGUGAGGAUGACACUCUUACUGCUGAUGUUGAAUCGGCUUCAGAGGUUCUCCCAAGUCACGGGCAAGUGACUCUACAAGUGGAGGUUAUUAAAUCAAACGGUGCAGCAUCUGUGUUUUCCAUUAAUGUUCCCAAAGGCUCCUCUCUGUUUGAAGCCCUGAACCUUCUUCAAGACAAGCAAACUGGUUUCACCUUUAAGACAGAAGACAGCUUGUGGGGAGCUUUCCUCAGUGUGCUCAAUGAUGAGCAAGCCCGUCAGACUGAUCGCAGAUACUGGCAUGUUUCCUCAGAUGGCACCUCUCUGACACAGGGUAUUAAAGACUAUAAGAUUGACUCAGCUCAGCGCAUCACCAUUAAAAACACUGGCUACUGAAUCCUCUGCUGGAUGCAGGGGAAGAGAUGAAUUGGGUGAAACCAUAAUAUGUUUAUGAAUUUUACUGAUAUUAAUUGUCAUUGAUUUUAUUUCUAAUUACAAACAUCUUUCUGUUUGACCUUAAAAACGUAUUUUUUAAACUAAAAUAUUAUGAAAAUAAGUCGUUUUUUUUAUUGUUUAACAUACAUUCAUGUCUUUGAACUCUAACACAUCUUUACCUGUUAAACCCCAGCUACCAUUUUAGACUGGCAAAUAUAAUAUAUAUUACUAUAUUUUUUAAAUGCGUGGUGUUGCGACAGUAUCUCACACUGAACUGUUUACUGAGGUAAAUGGUAUGCCAUAUGUAACUUUGUAAUUAAAAACAUUGAAGCAUACAAGGCUUAUUUUACAUAAUGAAUUUAAUAAAUAAAAGGUGAAGGUGGA